AUCGUACAGUAGCACAGCAGCACAGUAGUUGCGUUGAUAUGGUUUUGAAAGAGCUCCUUCUAGUAUGUUUGUUGAAUGUCUGUUGUUCAAAUCCUGGGGGUGGCCCAGCAAUACACAAGGUAAUAAAGCCAAAAGAAGUGGAGUUUCGCUCUCUAAACUAUAACAACGUCUUGUAUUGGAAAUCAGGGAAGCAACUGGACAGCAAACCUGUUUACUUUGUACAGUAUAAAAUCUAUGGUGACACACGAUGGUCCAAUAAGACUGAUUGUUGGGGGAUCAGAGAAAGUUUCUGUGACCUCAGCAAGGAGACUUCUGAUAACAGAGAGUGGUACUAUGCCAGAGUGUGUGCAGCUACGCCUGAAGUGCAGUCAGACUGGGUUUUCAGCCAGAAAUUUAUUCCAUAUUUAACAACUGUUAUCAGUCCCCCUGAGACCAGACUCUGGGCCGGGAAGGCAUCCAUACUGGUCCAACUCAAACCUCCACAUUCCCCUUACAAAAGAAGGAAUGGAUCCUGGAUUUCAAUGAAGAGACUUCAUGAUUUGAGAUACAGAAUAUACAUCACUAACAACAAACUGGAUCAGGAAAAACAUGUUUUUGAAGGAUGGAACAGAACUGUACAGAUAGAAAAUUUGACACCUAGAACAACCUACUGUGUGGUGACUGAGAUCUUCAUGGUUUCACAGGCGAGAAAAGGUCAGCAGAGUGAGAAAAAGUGUAUAAAAACACUCUGAGUGGCGACUUCAGGAUUCUGGAGGAGGCCGAAGGGGCAGCUGACACAUGGGCUUGGGAGGCGAAGGAAAAAUAACACUAGCCGGGAUGUGGACUUUCUGAAUAAUCUUUCUGUAUGAUACAUAGGUCUAUUACUGUAAUCUAAAUACAAUAAAAUCUAAUAUUAAUGCUAUAAGGUAAAGUUUUAAAAUAGUUUCACCUUACAGAUACAAAAAGCCACCACUUCUCCAAAUGUACUGCAUGCUGAAGUAAAACAUUUUCCAUCCAUACCUUUCCUUUAAAUUUGCAAUCAAGGGGUCAUUCCACAUUUUCAAGAAUGGACAAAGCAUACUUCUUUAAGACUCAGGGAAAGUUUGCUUUUACACGUAGUUAAUAUCUACGCUGAAGCUGAGAUGUUUAUAUCUACGCUGAAGCUGAGAUGUUUAUAUCUACGCUGAAGCUGAGAUAUUACUAUUAUUGCUUACUGAGAUUAAUGUGCUGAUUUAUGCUAUUCUUAUAUUAACCUUCUUUUCUACUUUUAUCCCAUAUUUUAUUUUUGAACGUUUGAUAAAAUGUAUAAAAGAUAUAACAGUGUUGCAUGUUUUAUUGUGCAAUUGUUUCCUUUGCGAUCUUGAACUCUGUUUGGGAGAAAUCUGUAACUUAGAGUGCUAACUAAGUUAAACCUUUACACACGUUAAUUAAUUAUCUUUAAUUGGAUAUCUAAACACCAGUUCGCCCAACAAUUCCAUGCAUUGUGCAGUUUUCUUUUUUUUUUAAUUUAGUCGUCGCCAAUUAUUUUUAUUACUUUCUCCCAAUUUAGAAUGUCCAAUUAUUUUUAGGCUCGGCUCAGCUCACCGCUACCACCCCUGUGCUGACUCGGGAGGGCGAAGACGAACACAUGCUGUCCUCCGAAGCGUGUGCCGUCAGCCGACCGCUUCUUUACACACUGCAGGCUCACCAUGAAGUCACCUCAGAGCUACAGCGUCGGAGGACAACGCAGCUCUGGGCACCCUUACAGGCAAGCCUGCAGGUGCCCAGCCAGACCACAGGGGUCGCUGGUGAGCGGUGAGCCGAGGACACCCUGGCCAACCUAAGCCCUAUAUUUUCAGACAGGACAAGAAACAAACAAACAAAGCACUCACGAUAACAACACAGGUUUCUCCUUCCGGUUCACGUUUAAACAUUACAAAAGGAACAGAUCACCUCACUCCGUCCCCUUUUGUACCGUCUAUCAUGACUAGGGCCAUGGAAAAUUCAUGAUUUCAUGAAUUUCACCCUUUCUGGGUGAGGUCUGAAAUCAGAUUCCCAAACAUGGCAAAAAUUGCACGCUGUUUUUGUCAAUUCCACCAAACUCUGUGGAUGCAGAACGAGCAGGUUUUUACACCACAAAGACAAACCAUGAGUGUUGAAACUGCAACAAGAUGCACGAUGCUGGCCUUCAACAAAUAACUAGUCUUCUGCUCAUGCACAACACGCUAGAUGGAUAAAAAGUCGCAUAUGAUUUCUUCUUCUUGUUUUUCCUGUUCUUCUUCUUCAGAUUAUUUUGUAUAGGUUGAUUCGCUCAAGUACCAAUGUUAUGUGGUUUUAAAAUGUCAUAUAUAAUUUAGUGUGUGUAAAUAAAAACACAACGUUUCAGAUUUGUCACUUGUACUUAACCCUGUUUUAACAUUUUUGUUAUGAACAUAGCCUAAGUUUUAAGCGUUUACAAAACUCGACAAUGUUACCGAAUUUGUCUUUCAAACUUGUUUUGUUUUAAUCAGUUUUGUCUGCUUGUUACUUUUUUCAGCCAACCCUUUGUUUGUUCCAUUUUAAAAGAUUGUUUUAAAUGUUACAAUGUAAAUGUUGACUCAGUAGCUACCAUUAAAUGUUAAAAUGUUUCAACCUUGGUGAUUUUCUUUGAUUUUCUAUUAAUUUUAGGCAACUUACAAUAGAAACUUUUUUUUUUAAAUAAAAUGGCA